AUGUCUACCUUGCCAGUUGUUACGGGUCGCUGUUUUUGGGGAAGACGACUGACGCCUAAUGGGCCACUGCUGUACUCCGCUGUUCUCUCUAGCGGCAGUGCCCCAUUGAGUUUGCUCGGUAAUUCCUACUACGAGCGACGAUUUGGGGGAAAAAGAGAAACAAUGGGUAAGAAUGGUGCUCUCAUACAGAGGGAAGAGGCAAUAGCUCCAUCUAGAAAACUUCCACCACUCUCUGCGGGGGAUAUUGUUGUGAAGAUGAGCUCUGCCACACCAGCUUCACUGCGUGGACGCCGUGUAGUGGAUGUGACUGGUAUACAGACAAGUUACUUCAACGCAUCCGAACGAAAUACACAUGCACGUCGUUGUAUGGAUGACGUUGUGGAGUCUAUGCAUUUGUAUGAUGGCCACGAAGUACCAGAGUUAAAACGUGGAGUUGUGCCUAUUGGUAGAAUCACAGUACUAUGUGCGUUUCCACUUUCAGGUUCUGAGACAUCAUUAUUAUCAUCAUCAUCAUCAUCAUCAGCAGCAUUGUCAUCCUCAUCGCUUCUUGUUGUACAGAACGCAACCAAGACAUUACUUAAACGAAGUAAUUUAGUUUAUCGUAGUGAAGAGGAGGGUGUGCAACUUGUGCGUGUAAUAGCAGAGAACUGUCGAGCUGCUGCACUGAAACAACUUCAUUUCUCUCCUAUUAUACGUGGUGAUAGUGUGGUUGGCGUGUGUUUGAAGUAA